AUGGCAUCUCACGACUUCCCUCCGGCCCCCACCAAUGCGAUCGACUGGUCCAACGUGGGUUUCAAGGUCCGGGAAGUGAACGGACAUGUCGAAUGCCACUUCUCCCGUAGCAACGGCAACCAAUGGACCGCUCCCAAGUUCGUCCGAUCUCCUCAUCUUCCUAUCCACGGAAUGGCCCCGGCCCUGAACUACGGCCAGCAGGCCUACGAGGGUCUGAAGGCCUUUCGACACGCGGACGGAUCCAUCUCCAUCUUCCGUCCCGAUCGCAAUGCCCGGCGCAUGCGCCACUCCGCCGAGUUUGUGUCCAUGCCGCCCGUACCCGAGGACCUGUUCGUGCAGUGCGUGACGCUGGCCGUGGGCGCCAACGCCGAGUUCGUGCCUCCGCAUGAAACCGGCGCCGCAAUGUACAUCCGUCCCUUGCUGUUCGGAUCGUCAGCGCAACUGGGUCUCAGCCCACCGGACGAGUACACGUUCGUGGUGUUCGUCAUGCCCACCGGCGUAUAUCACGGGGUUCACGCCGUCGAUGGCCUCAUACUCGAAGACUUUGAUCGUGCUGCACCUGAGGGCACGGGGUCUGCCAAAGUCGGCGGAAACUAUGCGCCGGUGUUGCGACACAGUGGCCGCGCGGCAGCGGAAGGAUUCGGAAUCACCUUGCAUCUGGACAGCCGCACGCGAUCGGAGAUCGACGAGUUCUCUACCUCGGCCUUCAUAGGGGUGCGAAAAGAUCCCGGCUCGGGCGCCGUGACCCUGGUGCAGCCUGACAGCAAGAAUGUGAUCGAUUCCGUGACUGCCGAGUCCGUGUGUGAGCUGGGUCGGCGGAUGUUUGGCUUUGCGGUUGAGAAGCGUCGCAUCGCCUACGAGGAGAUUAAGGAGUUCAGUGAGGUGGUUGCGGCUGGGACGGCGGCCGCCUUGGUGCCGAUCCGGAGCAUCACGAUGCGCUCGCGCAACGAUAAAUUUACCUUCCACUGCGGCGCGGAUGGCCAGAGCGGAGGCGACAUUUGCGUAAAAUUGCUGCAGGCACUUAAGGGCGUCCAGGCCGGUAAGGUUGAGGAUCAAUUCGGCUGGAAUUUGACGGUGCAGAAGCCGCCACAGGAUUGGGUAGAGGGAAGAGAGUAA